GUUAACCUAUAUAAUUCCGUAUGUGAUAUAAGAUAAAAUAGGAUCUAAACAAUAACCCCCUCCUGGAAUGACUCAUUCAAUUCUGAAGCAUGCGUACGCCUGGCAAAUGGCAACCAUUCUAUUUCGUAACAAAUCGGGUAUCGUUCUAUUUGGAGUUGUUCUGAAUGUAUUAGAUUAUUUUCAAAAUGACAGAAGUGAAAAAAGACGACGUUCUCAAAAUUCUACACACUUAUCCACUCUGCAGAAAAUGUGACAUGUCGGACGAGAUGAAACAAGAAGCAAUGGAAUUAUGCGUAACUGCUGCAGAAAAAUAUGCCGAUAAUUAUGAGAGCGUGUCUCGGAUGAUUAAAGAAACGAUGGAUAAAAAGUUUGGAGCUUCUUGGCAUACAGUUGUUGGCGAAGGUUAUGGAUUCGAGAUAACGUAUCAAUUGAAACAUUUAUUAUACAUGUAUUGCGCUGGUAACUUAGCAAUAUGCAUUUGGAAAUCUGCAUAAUUUUAUUUAUCCAAACAUAAGAGAAGUCACUUUUCAUGAAAUCUGGUCAAUCUUUAUUUAUGAUUUGUACAUUUUAUUAAUGCAUUAGCUGAAAUGCAAUAUAAUUUAUUAUUCUAGUCCAAUUCGUACAAUAUUUUGAAGAACAUCAUUGUUUUUAAUAUAACAAAUUUACAAAAAUCCAAAUACCAUAAAAGUAUAACGUUAUCGAAUAAUAUUUACAAUUUAUAUUUACAUAUACAUAUAUGCAAUGAAAUAAUAAUUGAGUUAACACUAUAACAUGUGUUCUAUGUAUAUAAUUAUAUUAAGAAAUA